UUCAUUUGGCGCCGUGAGAAUUGGCUGGCUACAUCGAUCGCUUAAAUUAAAAGUUAAACAGUUCUAAAUUUAAAUUCAUAAAAAAUAAAUGACGUUCGAGUAUAGCGCGAAAAUAACAGUGACAACCAAAAUGGCGGGGAAUGGAGAUGUGUACAAAAAAUCAUUUAACGGUUCGUGUGCUUUUGGUGUUAAUAAAAAAGUUAAGGGAUCCAUUGCUAAAAGGGCUGAGGCAUAUUUGCAAGCAGUAAAUCAUAGCCUAGGGAGCCCACCAAUGGUGCCGACUGUACAAAAGCCGACGCUGCGACUGGAGGCGGUGUCUCGCGUGGUCGCCAUCCCCAUUGUUGAGUCCGGCAUCGACGUCACUGAGAAGAUCUACCACAGGAUAAAGGAAUCAAAUCCCUUGUUCCGCUGGUACCUCAACAUAGGCGAGAAGUCCCUAGCGACCGGCGCACAGCUGGCCCUCCCCGCUGUGAUGCUGUUGGAGACACCCAUCCAUCAGCUGGACAAGUUCCUCUGCAGGUCUUUGGACAUCGUCGAGAAGACCGUUCCUUCGAUAUACCUGCCUCCACAAACGAUGUACUCCGAAACCCGGCAGUACGUGCUCCGUCGCGCGGACUCGGUCAAGCAGCUCGGCACCGCGGUCCUGGACUCCAGGGUGACCGCGGUGACGGCCACGGCUCUGGACAGGGCCCUCACCACCGCCGACAAGUACGUGGACAAGUACCUGCCGCCUGACCACCAGGAUGCCAACGAUGUGGUGAUCAUAGUGACGGGGCCGGAAGCGGAUGUGGAGGGAGAAUCUGGAAGAGCGCGCGCGGCGCAAGCUGUACAGCACGGGGCCCGGCUGCGGCGCAAACUGCAGCGGAGGCUGACCAGGCAGGCCCUCGCCGAGGCCAAGGCUAUCAAGGAGCAGAUACACGUGCUGGUCUACGUGGCGGAACUGGUGGCCACAGACCCUGCUUUAGCCUGGAAGAAAGCUAAAGACCUGUACGCAUCGCUCAGCCGUCCAGAGCCUGAGAACCAAGCCAGACCCGCCACGCUCGAAGAGCUGACGGUACUCCUGGCCAGGGAGACCGCAAGGAAAGUGGUUCAUCUCGUCAACUACACGCACACAGAUUUGCCAAGGAACGUGCGUCAAGGGCUAUCAGUUGUGAGCAGCCAUCUAUCUUCCGCAGCGGACGCCCUGCUAAAGACGAUGCCAGUGGAGACCGCCCUGACCGAGGUGAGGGAGUGGCGCGGCAGGCUGCGCGCCCUGCUUCAGCAACUGCAGGCCACUUCCCGGACCUACUUGGAGCACCUGGCCGUGUUCCUGGCCGGCAACGAGGAGCGCGAGAAGAUCACGCCGCGCUCCUCGUACGAGCAGCGCGACGACCUCGCCUCCAUCAACGGCGUCAACUAAACUACCCUCUACGUCUAGCUUUACGUUCGUGUACCAUAAUAUCUACGUAACCGAGACGACCCACAGAUAAUAAUGCGCCCGCAAAAGGGAAGGAAGAUCGUUCUGCUUUAAUUUAUCUUUAAACCCCGAUGACAGGACGGAGUUAUGUUUAACAAGCAUCAAGCAACAGCGGAAACAGUUUCGAUCUAGCUUUUUUGUUUAAAAGAGAAUUUCUUGUUCUCGAGUUCUUGUUCUUAGUUUUGAGAUGUCCGUUCAGCAUUUGGGAACUUGUCAGCUCUUUUCUAGCAAAUAAGAGGAUUUCUUAAUUUUUUAAUUUAGUUUUCAUUUACGUAUAUGCAUCUCUUUCUAUUGGCGGGUUGCCGACCAAGUCGGAACUUAGUAUGAGUCGCAUCGUCGUUCAUUUAUGUUUUGUUUUGUACGAGUAUUUUAUAUUUUAUGAUAAUGAAAUUAUAGAAAAUAUUAACUUGUGUAUUUAUAUCUACUCAAAAGUUUUGAUAAUAAUUUUGUGAUCAGAAAAGGUAAGAAUGCUAGAGACGGAGGGGGGGGGGGAAGAUCGAUUUUCAAAUAAUUUUAACUGUCGACUUUAAUACUAGGUAUAUCAAUUUAGUUAUAAAGCCAAUUAGUUUGAAAUAAAUAUUUUAGCUUUAAAUUAGCCGUUAGGUUAUCUCGUAAAUAAUAAAUAAUCGUAAAAAUAUAAUAUUGUGAAUAAAUUAAUGUAUGUAAGAUUUUUUAUAUUAUACGAUUAGUCUUGCUUAUUGAAUAUACCUACAUUUAACUUCACAAUGUAUAAGUAUAAAUAAGCAGCUAUUCAUAUGAAAUCAAUUAUGUUAAAUAUUAUUCGAUGUUUACUUUAUGCCUGUUAAAUUAAAUUAUUUUUGAAUA